AUGCAUGCAUUGGGACUACAUGUUGCUAUGCCACCAUUUCUAAGAAAGCGGAAGCAGUUCACAACUAUCGAAGCCAACAAAUCGCGUUUAAUUACCAAAAUCAGAUCGAACUCGUCAAUUAAAGAUCUAAAGAUUUAUCUUUCAAUAGCUUGUGCAUUAAUUAAUUGUUACAAACCGGAAGUAUUAAAAUCAAAACCUGGCGAUAUUGAGUCAUCAAAAGAAAUGCUUGAAUUAGUAAACAAGCCAAAUCUUGUUGAACAGUUGCUUAACGAGAGCAAUUUAUCGCGAUUCUCAAACUGGACAACUGUCAAUGCAACUGAAUUUCUUGAAUUUCCAAUUUUGACUGAAAGUCAAAUACGAAAGCUGACGUUCGGAAUAUUCCAACUCAAGCGUGCUCGCAGCUAUGCCGAGGAAUAUGCUUCAUCAACAGAUCUCACUAAUCUGUCAAUUAAGUAUGCCGUACAAGUAUGCAAAACAAAACCGGAUCUAUGCCGUGUUAUACCAAAGUCUGCGCAUUCCAAACGAAAAACAUACUAUCCAACUAUUCGGUUUAGUAAAUCAAAAGUUGUUGGUUGGUACUGUCAGUGUCCAAUCGGUAGUAGAGUUGUUGGUUGUUGUUCACAUGUUGCAUCAGCUAUAUGGUUUCUUGGAUUCGAACGAUGGCAAUCUCACCAGCGAGUACAAUCAUCUGGCUCACAUUUGCUAAAUGCGUCUGAUAGCAUACAAAUAACUGAUUUUGAAGACGACGAUGAGGACAAUCAGACAAGAUAUAGACUAGCCUGA